GGGCUCGAGUGCGCUCCUGCGCGCUUGCUCCGGAGGGGACCCGAGCCAGGCCGGGAAGAGCGAGGAUGCUGCGCGUGCGGUGCCUGCGCGGAGGCAGCCGGGGGGCCGAAGCCGUGCACUACAUUGGGUCGAGGUUUGGGAGAGUCGUCACAGGAUGGGUGCAGCAAACUUUUCAGAGCACCCAAGCUGCAGCGGCCUCCGAUUCUCCCUGUGCCGUUGCUGAUGAAACUUCCAAAGCCCCUGAUCCUAGUCCUGAUAGUUGCCCUGUCUGCUCCUACAAUGAAUGGGACCCACUGGAAGAAGUCAUUGUGGGGAGAGCUGAAAAUGCCUGUGUUCCUCCUUUUUCAGUUGAGGUCAAGGCUAAUACCUAUGAGAAGUACUGGGAGUUUUAUCAGAAGUAUGGAGGCCAGAGUUUUCCUGAAGAUCAUGUCAAGAAAGCCAUCGCUGAGAUUGAAGAAAUGUGCAAUAUUUUGAAAAUGGAAGGGGUGACUGUGAAGAGGCCCGAAGCUCUCAACUGGUCAACCAAAUAUAAAACACCUGACUUUGAAUCCACUGGCAUGUAUGCAGCAAUGCCGAGAGACAUUUUACUUGUAAUUGGGAAUGAAAUCAUUGAAGCUCCAAUGGCGUGGCGAGCCCGUUUCUUUGAGUACCGAGCAUAUCGCCCAGUCAUUAAAGAGUAUUUUCGCCAGGGGGCCAAAUGGACCACAGCGCCAAAGCCCACAAUGUCGGAUGAACUUUAUGACCAGGAUUACCCCAUCCGCACAGUGGAAGACCGGCAUAAGUUGGCUGCCCAGGGGAAAUUCGUCACCACUGAAUUUGAACCGUGUUUUGACGCUGCUGACUUCAUAAGAGCUGGAAGAGAUAUCUUUGUGCAAAGAAGCCAGGUUACAAAUUACUUGGGCAUUGAGUGGAUGAGGAGACAUCUUGCUCCAGAGUAUAGAGUCCAUACUCUUUCAUUCAAAGACCCCAACCCGAUGCACAUCGAUGCCACUUUUAAUAUCAUUGGACCUGGCAUCGUGCUUUCUAAUCCAGAUCGCCCAUGUAAUGAGAUUGAUCUCUUCAAGAAGGCAGGCUGGACAAUCAUUCACCCACCGCUUCCUCUCAUCCCUGAUAACCAUCCACUGUGGAUGUCCUCUAAAUGGCUUUCCAUGAAUGUCCUGAUGCUGGAUGAGAAACGUGUCAUGGUAGAUGCCAAUGAAACCCCGAUCCAGCAGCUCUUCGAACGCCUAGGCAUUUCAACAAUCAAAGUGAAUAUCCGCCAUGCCAAUUCCUUGGGAGGAGGCUUCCACUGCUGGACCUGUGACAUACGUCGUCGUGGCACCUUGAAGUCUUAUUUCGAUUAGGAGGAGGCCUGUCGGAAGCACAGGCCACCAUUCAAUGUGAAUGCAUGAAACAUAAGAUGAAGAGGUUAGUUUCCUCUGGCUCCUUAAAAAAUCGAAGUAGAUGCAUGAGUUGCUGUGCCUUGAACCAGACCCUUCCUCCCCACUUGCCCCCCCCCCCAUCCUCAUGGCAGGACAGGAGAUAGUUCACCCUAAGGGUUUAUUCCCACAUUAUGCACAGGCAACUAGGGCUAUAUGGUCUGCAUUUGAGAGACUGCUUCCCUUGUUUUGCCAGAUACUCUUUGAUAUACAUAUCCAGGUGGAUACUGUGAAUAUUUAUACAGAAGCAAGCCUCAUAUGUUUGAGUUUAUUAGACAAUGAUAAGGUUGCAGCCUUAUUUACAAAAUUAACCUGUCUUUACAUUGUCUUAUUACAUGCCCACACAGAAGAAUGCCAUCAGUGAAGGCAGGGGAGGAAGGACCUUUUCCUGUCACACCCACAUUGAAUAGCCUUGUUCCAUCAUGGCUUUAGUCAUCUAGGCCCAUGACAGCUCAAGCAAGAAGAAGUACAGGACAUCCAGGCCCUUAAUAGCUGUUAUGGGUGUCAGUAUGCCCAACAGGCUCAACUUUUCAGGACCAAGGAGAGCAACUCUAUAUACAAGUUAUCCCAGGAAUGAACAAGGUACACGGAUAGCAAUAAGACAGGCUUCUUUUAUUAUGUUCGAAUAUGCUACAGUUGGUGGGCUCAUGCCAUGCUAAGUCAUAAAUCAUAGUUUACAAACCACAAUGACUGGAUUUUAACAAUAUACUAAGUCAUACAUUAAACCAUAUUAUUGCUUAGGACUGUGUUGCAAACAUGGAUGCAACCUGGAGAGU